AUGCCUGCACCAACAAAAUCAAACCCAGCCAUGUCACCAGAUGGUGGAGCACCACAGCCUGCCGUACCAAAAACUGAACUUCAAGAGCUGCAAAUGAAAGCUGGAGAAGUAACAGAUGAAUCACUUGAAAGUACCAGAAGAAUGUUGGCUCUAUGUGAAGAGAGCAAGGAGGCUGGAAUAAGGACAUUAGUUGCACUCGAUGACCAGGGAGAACAAUUGGACAGGAUUGAAGAAGGCAUGGAUCAGAUUAAUGCUGACAUGAAAGAGGCAGAAAAGAACCUUACUGGCAUGGAAAAAUGUUGUGGAAUUUGUGUGCUGCCUUGUAACAAGUCAGCUUCAUUUAAAGAAGAUGAAGGUACGUGGCGAGGCAAUGAUGAUGGAAAAGUGGUUAACAACCAACCACAGCGUGUGAUGGAUGAACGUAAUGGAAUGGGUGCCCAAGGAGGUUAUAUAGCAAAAAUAACAAAUGACGCUCGAGAAAAUGAAAUGGAAGAAAAUAUGGGUCAAGUUAAUACUAUGAUUGGAAAUCUUCGUAACAUGGCACUGGAUAUGGGAAGUGAAUUGGAGAAUCAGAAUAGACAAGUUUCACGAAUAAACAUGAAGGCUGGAUCUAAUGAAACAAGAAUUUCAGUGGCGAACCAACGAGCACAUGAACUGCUCAAGUAA